AUGAGCCGCAGGGACUCGCGGUCGAGGUCGGAUUCGCGACGCCGCGGAUCUCCGUCGACCCGCAAAUCCAGCCGCCGCAAAGAGCGAGAUUCUCGCAGAACGCGUGAUCUGUCACGAGAGCGCAGCUCGCACUGGAAGGCGAGAAUCGGCCGCCGCGGAAUCAUUCCCUCGUCUGAUAAGGGCACCAGCUCGAGGAAGGCCAGAGAGGAGCAGCGAUUCCUCGAAGUAGGCGAAGACAGCCAUGUUUUCUCUACACUGGACCUGAUGUUCGUGGUUGGAAAACACCUACUAAAGCUCUGGGAACACGAUGAGCUGCCACUGAAUGUGUACGAGCUCAGGCGAAGGAUGAGCAAUUACUUUGAGGGCCCGCACAGGCUCAGAUUCAACACAGUGUGCAGCAUCAGCGUGUUGUCGAACGUCCUGAAGUGUCUGUACUUGGGUAUGGUCACUGAGGAAGAUGUUACGGACGUCAAGGCUCCUGCGGAGAGCCAGGGUGGAACGCCCAUGUCGCAGGACCAUGGCUCCAGGACGGAAUCUGCAAGCGCCACUGAGGAUGCUGCUAUCCCCCAUGUGGAUAGCAUCAGUGUUUCAGAAUCGCAGGAGGCAAACGAUGUAGUUGAUGUUGAAGGAGAACCGGAUGGCAAUCGGGAAGUCGGCAGGGAAGAAAGUAUUGAGAACAAUGUAGAGCCCGAUGGCAAAGAUAACGCCGAAAAAGGAGAGGAAUCACCUGCUGAAUCGAGUGCUAGUGAGGAGCAAUCGCCGUUAACUGUUUACCUGGACGGGCUACCGGAAAUAUCCGACCAAUCAUUCAGGGAGUUCAAGUUCCACCACCCGCUUGUAAGGCUCGACCUAAAACAUGGAGUUUUGCGCGUGACAGAGGCGAAGGGGCAGAUGUUAAGGCGCAUGUUGCUGCGCAAUCGCAAGAAGCAGCGGGUUUUGGACCUUGCCGACGCCCUCGCCACGGAGUCCAUUAUUACCACGGGCAGUCACCACCAUGGUAGAGAGGACAGCCACGCAUCCUGCUCAAUCACUGUAGACGACUAUGAUUUGAAUAACUUGACGGGCCGUGUGUAUCCUAUAACAAGAGACUCCAAGAAGGGAGCGGGUAAUGCAAAUGACGCUGAUGUCGAUGACAACGUAUCCGUUUCAUGGCAGGCUUCAAUAGACACGGAAGCAGAAGGAUUGCCAUCUGGUAGGGAUCGUGGUGAUAGUGAUAGGGCUGGGGAUGAAUCCGGCAAAGGGCUGGGUCGUGAUGUGCGUAGAAAGGAUGGAAUGCGUGGUUCUAGGAGGGGAACUACUUUGUCUAUACGUUCAGAUGACCUGCCUUACGACCUGGAUGGUCUGUACAAUGUGCUGUAUCAGACCCCUGCUCGCGAGCUAAAGCGAAUUUCCCACUUCCAGUUGAAGGAGCAGAGUGGAUUUCGCGAAAUAUGCGCUUACGGCACACGGGCCGACUGCCGUAUGCAAAACUAUAUGGCGCUCAUGUGCAACAAGAUCCAUUUCAAGCGCAUCAUCCUGCCAAACACAUUGGUGCAGCUGGGGGACUGCUCUUACCUGGACACGUGCAGGCACAUUGAAACGUGCCGGUUCGUGCACUACCAGGUGGAAAGCGACAUACCGCCGCGCAUCCCGGUGGACGAGGUGUCCCAAGGACAGUGGAUAUGUUGCGACGUAAGGAAGCUGGACUUUUCGAUAUUCAACCCAUAUGUGUCGGUGGUUAUGGCCGAUCCGCCGUGGGACAUCCACAUGGACCUUCCGUACGGCACGAUGAAGGAUUCCGAGAUGCGCCACCUGAAGGUGCAGAACAUCCAGAACGAGGGCCUGUUGUUCCUCUGGGUCACCGGCCGCACGCUGGAGGUUGGGCGCGAGUGCAUGGAGAUUUGGGGUUACCGGCAGAUGGACGAGAUAGUGUGGGUGAAGACGAACCAGCUGCAGCGCAUCAUCCGCACAGGCCGCACGGGCCACUGGAUCAACCACUCCAAGGAGCACUGCCUCAUCGGGAUGAAGGGCAACCCCGUGAUAAACCGCUAUUUGGACUGCGACGUGAUAGUAUCGGAAGUCCGCGAGACUUCACGAAAGCCCGACGAAAUAUACGGAAUAAUCGAGCGCAUGGUGCCCGGGGCACUGAAGCUGGAGAUUUUCGGUCGUAGCCACAACGUGCGUAACAACUGGAUCACCCUCGGCAAUCAACUCGACGGAUAUAAGCUGACACACCCCGAGAUAAAGAGACGUUAUGAGGACAUAUUGGCCAAGGGAGACGCAACCACCACCACCGCAGCAGCAGCGGCAGUGUCUCAGCCGGCCGAGGAUCCCGUAAACACUAGUACCCCAGAACCAGUAAUGUAG